AGCCGUUGCUGGAAGCAGGUGCCUGAGCAAAAAGCAGCGAGUUUGCCAGCAGGAACUGGUGAGCCUUUAAAGAUGUGGAAAGCAGCUGUGGGACACGACGUGUCAGUGAAAGUGGAGGCUCAGGGAGACGACUGGGACACGGACCCUGAUUUCGUGAACGACAUCAGCGAGCGGGAGCAGCGCUGGGGAGCCAAAUCCAUCCAGGGCUCCGGCCGCGCCGGGCACAUCGACAUCCAUCAGCUGAGGAACAAGGUAUCAGAGGAACAUGAGGUCAUCAAGAAGAAGGAGCUGGAAACCGGCCCCAAGGCAUCCUAUGGCUACGGGGGCAAAUUUGGAACAGAGCGAGACCGGAUGGAUAAGUGUGCAGUAGGACACGAAUACAUUGCUGAUGUCAAGAAGCACUCCUCCCAGACAGAUGCAGCCCAGGGCUUUGGGGGCAAGUUUGGAGUCCAGCGGGACCGAGCCGACAAGUCUGCACUGGGCUUUGAAUACAAGGGCGAGGUGGAGAAACACUCGUCCCAGAAAGAUUACUCCAAGGGCUUUGGUGGCCGUUACGGAGUGGAAAGGGAUAAGGUGGACAAAGCAGCUCUGGGAUUUGACUACAAGAGCCAGGCAGAGAAGCACGAGUCUCAGAAAGACUAUUCCGUGGGCUUUGGUGGGAAGUUUGGGGUCCAGAGGGACCGUCAAGACAAGAGCGCCCUUGGCUGGGACCAUCAGGAAGAAGUGCAACCCCACGCAUCCCAGAGAGACUAUGCCAAGGGGUUUGGAGGCCGUUAUGGUGUCCAGAAGGAUAGAGUGGAUAAGAGUGCUGCUGGCUUUGAUGAGAUGGCAGCUCCCACCUCCUCCUAUGAGAAAACAAGACCCCUGGAGGCAGGAGCUUCCAGUGGCACCAGCAGCCUGCGGUCACGGUUUGAACACAUGGCCAAGUCAGCAGAGGAAGAGAGCAGAAGGCAGGCCCGGCAGCAGCAGGAAAUCCCUCCAAGAGAGAAGGAGCACACUGGGGCAGCCCCUCCAGCCGUGCCAGCCAGGAGCACUGCUGGGGACCAGCCCGUGCCACCAGGAGAACAGGAGGCCAAAAGGGAGGAUGAAGAAGUACCACCCUCUUUGCCACCAAGGCCAGCAGAUCUGGAUGCAGACCAGUGCAAGGUCCCCAGCCAGGGUCAGCCCACCUACAGUAUAAGUCUGGAUGUUGAUGGAGGCUAUGAGGAGCUGCCAGAAUCCUCUGACUACUGUGACAUUACCAGUGGAGGUGCUGACUAUGAGGAGCUGCCAGCCCCGUUGGGAAAGCUGGAUGCUGCCUAUGACUUUGGAGGAGAUGGAGGUGAAGACUAUGAGGUGAUCCUUCCUCAGGAGCCCAGACAGAGCCAGCCCCACCUGGGGAGCAUGGACAGUGCUUACGAGGGGCAGAGCCCUGGGCUCUGUGCAGUGGCUCUCUACGAUUACCAAGGAGAUGGAGAUGAUGAGAUUUCUUUUGAUCCUGAUGACACAAUCACACACAUUGAGAUGGUGGAUGAAGGCUGGUGGCAGGGACAGUGCCAUGGCAGAGUCGGCCUCUUCCCAGCAAAUUAUGUGAAGCUUCUGCAAUGAAGUGCAAGCUGCUUCCUUACAAACUUUUGCCUCUAUUGUGAUUUGACACUGGCCAAAUGCCAGGCACCCACAAAAG